GGAGGAGGGGGAGGGUGUCAAGGAUAUCAGUGCCAGAUACGAGCUUAGCGUCUGAGGGAGGAGGAGGAGGAGGAGGAGGCUUUGAGGGAGGAGGGGGAAUCAGGAAGAUGAGGAAGGAGGGGUAUUGGGAGCUCCUUCCCGUUCCCCCUCCUCACGGGCAGGCUAGCCUAGCCUGCCCUCAGUGCGGGUAGUCGCUGUGGGCAGUAGUAGUACCACAGCAUCUCCACCUGGCUAUACCCGUGGCUCUUUCUCUCUUCCUCUCUCUCUCUCUCUCGUCUUAUCUCUCACUAAGGCAGCGCACUUCGCGUCUGAAUUCACUCCGCUUCCCGCGCCACUCUGCUUCAAACUGCCGCUCUGACCUCACCUCCUCCUCUGCACUCACUCAAGCAACCUUCAGCGUGACUCCUUCUCGGCCACUCAGCCAGCCAGUCAGUCAGCCAGCGAGCCAGUUAGUCAGUAAGCCAGUCCAGAAAGCCAGCGAGCCAUUCAGCCAGCCAAUCAGCCAGUCACCUUCGCGCUCUUUUCCAGUUUCCUGGUGCUUCUGACAAGGCAGACCAGACAGACAGACGUCAAAAAGUGCGCGAACUCCUCCUCCGGCGAAGCAGAGUGGAAGAAGUGUAAUGUUUCUCUUAUGGUCCUUGAUGGUUCUCAGUCCGAAUGAACUUUCGAAAGCGCGUGAGUAAACUUUGCCUGAAAAACCUCGAAAGCCUUUCGUUAACGGGUUACAAAUCUCUCUUCCUGUCUGUCUCUGCUCAGUGAACGAGUCUCUCUCUCUCUCUCUCUCUCUCUCUCUCUCUCUCUCUGUCUCUCUCGCCGAAGAACAAUAUGCUGCUCAAGGUGGUGAUAGCAGCAGCCCUGGGGCUGACUUUGUGCUUAGGGCCUGCCCCGGCCUCUCCUGCAGAGGUGCUGGUGCUGACACCCUUCGGCUCGUGGUCAGUGAGGUCUCUCUUCUCCGUGCUGACGGAGGGCCUGGCCGCCAGGGGACAUUCGGUCACCUUCGUGUCCAGCGGCGACCCCGUUCCCCAACACCCGAACAUCACUCAUGUGGUGUCGCCCCACUCGGCCCUGGACCAGAUGGACCCCUUCGAGCUGCGGGAGAACGGCGCCGUCUUCCGGCUGUGGAUGAAGGCGUUCCCCAUCGUGGCCCGGGAGAUGUACUCCGACCCCAAGGUCAUGGAGCUGUGGCGCCACAGGCACAAGUUCGACGCCAUCAUCGUCAACAGCGCCGCCAACGAGAUGGCCUUCCCCUUCCUCAUCGACCUGAAGGCGCCCUUCAUCACGCUGUCACCGGCGGGGGCCGAGCCCCUCCAACUGAGCUACCUGGGCAAUAUCGUGUCCCCGGCAGCCCUGCCGACGGUGGUCGUCCCAUACGACGACAACCUGACCUUGUGGGAGCGCCUCGUGAACACCUUCGUCACGCUGGUGCUCAGGUACUCCUUCCGGCGGACCGUGUGGCGGCCUUUGUCCGCCGCCCUCAGGGACAGCUUCCCCGAUCUGCCCGAUCUCUACGAGAUGUACCCCAAGCAGUCUCUGAACCUCCUCAAUCAACACCACCUGCUGGACGGGGCCAUUCCUCUCCUGCCCAACCAGGUGGAGGUGGGAUGCAUGCACUGCAGGCCAACCAAACCCCUGCCUACAGAACUCAAAGAAUGGCUGGACAACGCCGACGAGGAAGGCGUGAUAUACUUCAGCCUGGGGGCCUUCCAGAAGACCUCGAGGAUACCGGACAAGUAUCGCGACGCCCUCUUAGAGGCCUUCUCCCUCCUGCCCCAUCGGGUACUCAUCAAGUUCAACGGCAACAACCUGAAGUUCCCUCCCAACGUGAAGGCCUUCCCGUGGCUUCCACAGCAGGAUGUCUUAGGUCACAGAUCCAUACGAGUCUUUGUGACGCACUGCGGGAAGCACAGCGCCUCAGAGGCGAUAUACCACGGGGUACCUGUGCUGGGUCUUCCAAUCACCUUUGACCAGCCACGGACCUGUGCCAGAUUAGCUCGCCGAGGGGAGGGCAUCGUCAUCCAGUGGGAAGACCUGACUCCACAAGCUAUCGUCAGUGCUGUGUACAAGCUCGUCCAUGAUCAGAAGUACCGUGAUAAGGUCCUGGGGGUGUCCCACCGUCUACAAGCUCAGAAGGAAUCGGGUCUCGAACGUGCCGUCUGGUGGGUGGAAUACAUCAUAGAAUUUGGAAAUGACCAUCUCAGAUUCUCAGGUGCUGACUUGAGCCUGGCCCAAUAUCUGCUCCUCGACAUCUUGGCCAUCAUCAGCGUGGUGGCACUCGUCAUAGGCAUCUGCCUGUUCUUCCUGGGUCGCUGGGCUUUCAAGAGAUUUUGGCCGUCAAAUCCUGCCAAGGCUAAGCUCCAGUGAGGUGGCUGGCCUCAUCAUCAUUUGUACAUCUGUCAUCAUGUACAACCUGUGUCUUGUGGUGCUACACUGUGGCUUAGGCUAAAUACGUAUGCACGAAUUCUCAAGUCGACCUCAUGCUACAGGAUGGUUAACUUUCGACACUGUGCAGCAGGGUACUUCAUUGAGAGCCAUUCUUAUAACAGAAACAAGGAGAAAUGUAAUAAUACAGCAGAACCCAUAAAAAAUACAAAUUAAAAUUAAUUGAUGAUAACAGUACACAGUCAUGCAAACUUCUGCUUGAAAAACAAAAAUGUUACUUAAAGCUACACUUCUAAAAUCUUCAGAACUACUGAAGAUGACGUCCAUGAACAAGAGGUGUUAAACUCUGUAAAUUUCAAUUUCUUGUAAUCAAAUGAUAUUUAUGUGUAGUAUAAAGCAUAUCCAUAAUUUAAUAUCAAGAACUGCCUUUGCAAGAGGAUUUGGUCAAUUCCAAUGGUUCUCAUGUUAUUGUACAUACUAUAGUAUAAAAAAAUCUCAUUUUUCAUUCAAGAUACAAAAGUAUGAUGAGAAUGUCCAAUGUUAUAAGUCAUGGCAGUUUUCCAAAACUAGCAUGAGCUUCAUUUAAUACAGUAUAUUUAAAAAUUUUCAAUGUCCUAUUUCAACAUUUGCGGCCUAAACGCCAAUAAAAGAACAGAGAAGGAUAAGUCAAUACACUGGGAUAAAACAAAGUAACAUCAUUUUAAUUCAGGGAUUAGCACUGAUAUAAUAUGAUCAUCAGUAAAAUACUCUUUGUGUGCUCUCUCUUUCCAAAUAUUUGACAGGGAACAGAUGCUUCGAAACUGGACUCUGUUUAUGGAAGUCUUCACCCGAAGACUUUGAAAAUGUAUAGAAACAUUGCUAUGCAACAGAAGCUAAAUGCUCUCCAGCAAUUGGUUUUAAUGAAUUGCUAAUUUUCAUAGAUUAUCUUACUUAAACUGACCUGUAGAUUUACUGCUAAAAACACGAAUCCAAUUGUGCCUUGAGACUGGAAAGUAUUCUUUUUUUUCUUCUUGUUUUGUCAGAGAAAAGCUAAAAGUAUUCUCUAACAUAAUUUCAUUCAAACGCAAACGUUUCCGGAAGUGAAUAGUCUAAUGAAUUGGAUCCUUGUGUACUCAAAGAAUCAUACUCAUCUAAUUGGAUAACUACCAUGAUAAGAGAAUGGAAACCAUGAACUGUAACAAUGGAAAACAUUAAAAAAUAUUUUUGUUCAAUAUAGAAUGAUUUAAAACAGAGGUGCCAGAUAUGUGGUGGUAUCUAAAAUGACUUGGUAAAGCCAGUUGAUACUGAAUAAAAGGGAACAUUCUUACUUGAGACAAAAUUUGGUGCUCAUGCAAACAUCUUUAAACAGUAGAUACUUUUUCCCUGUAAUUGUACAACGUAAUGCGUAAUGUACAAUAAUAUUGACAAAGGAUCUGAACACUGGUAUGUAUUCCAAAUUACUGCUGAUUGUGGAAAAGAAAACUUCAGAAAUUCAAGCAAACCAAGAAAAUGAAAUGACACAAUAAGGAAAUGUUAUAAUAUGCCAUAACAAGAAUAUCCUUACUAGAACACUUCAGUAUAUGUAUAUGAUGAUUUGGCAUUGCCUACAUAAAUAUCUCAUUAUGGAUGUCAGGCACCAGAUUCCAUAAAGAAAGCAACUCAAGUCCUUUUUCACUAAAUGUCUCCUCGUCAUUUUAGUGCAACGUCAAGAGCCACAUGUAAGCAUCACCGUAAAAUGACAAAUUUUAUCAAUUUGUAUUUUUCAUAGCUAACAAACCUGACGUCUCAACUAUAAGAUAAUCAUCUAGCGCUAGCUGGAAAACCGGUGAAAACAAUCUAAGAAUGUAAAAUAAGGAAUCUGUGGCAUCUGGCAACUCAUGCAUAUACGGAGUGGAUGGAUGGUCAUCGACCAAGAUUGUACCCGAGUAAAAUAUCUGUCUUUCUUCUACCACCUUGAAGACCGGAGUUUCACUUCACUCUCCUAUUCCAAGCCGGUUUUUUAAUCAUUUUAAAGGCCACCAUUCAGAAAUAAACUUGGUUUUGUAGAACAGAACUUGGGUCAGCUUGGCAAAACCUUACAAAGACGCAGUCUCCGUGGGUAAACCCUAUUACUAUGACUUUACAAAGGAGCUUUUCAUUAUUACAGACUCAGAAUCUAACGUCUAAUCUGACAUUUUAACAAAAUCAACAGAUGUGAAAACAUUUCUCGGUGUAAUUGUGUCACAAAUGCCAUUUUUGGAGGCUUCUAAGCCCAUCCAACAAGUAGGUUCGAUUGCAUUAUCAAAUAAACUGUGAGAUACAUACACCAUGUGAAAAUAUAAAUCCAAUUUCAUCCAGCAGAAGUUUUGAAAGCACCAGUGUUCACAUCCUUUACAAGUGGUUUUGAUAUGUCCUGUUCUGCUGUGAGCACUGUGUGUGCUCAAACAGAUGAAUACAGUAGUGGGAAGCACACUCAAUAUCACUGGACAAUCAGUCAGUUAUUUUUAAUGUUGUUGUGGGGGACGUUUGACGUGAGUGUUUUCAAUUUGUUUAUUGUCUUCCGUGGAGGUUAUAGCAUACAAAAUAGCUUAAGGAAAUGGUCUAAAUCUUCCAGUUCACAUUAAUCAAACCUGCAUUUAUCCAUUCAUUUGGUAUAUCCAACUCAGGACCUUUGGCAGAAAACAUCUCUGGAAAAUGUACAUAGCAUUUUAAUAUGGACAAUAUCGAAUGAAUGCUUACAAAUGACAACAUAGAUGCAUCUUAGUGGCAUUAAUAGCAGUGUCUGGUAUGAAAUAUUCUACUGAUUUAGGUGUUUUUGUACACAGUGAAGAAGUUAUGACUCAGAUGUGGCACUAUAAAUUCAACCUACUCAAUUCUUCUUCGGCUGUUCCACCUAGAAAAAAUGACAUUCUCUGAUGCCAUCAGAAUUCAAAUUCAUCUGCUAUGGAAAAAUGCCUACUUGCUUAACAUAGUGUUUGAAGUGGUAGUAAACAGCAACAGAAUUCGUGAAGUAGACAAUCGAUAUUCAUUCAGUAAUUAUUUUGUCCUUGGGUAAUGAUUAUAUUGUUCUUCCAUGAAAGUUGGCUAGCUAUGUUGGCCAGCGUAUCCUAUCGACAAAGAUAAGGCUCUGUGAUAGUUAUGUAUAUUACUGUACUGUACUGCCUUUCAUGUAAACUUUUUGGUGAACUUUAUUUUAAAUUGUAACGGUAAUUCCUUCAAAAGCGUUUAUUUUUCUUAUGUUCAAAGUAAAUGAGGAACACACCAUAACCCAUUACUGUUCUACAUACAUCCAUUCCUUUUGAAAGGGAAUACAGUUACAAGAAAAAAUAUAAAAAAGGGUAAUGAAAUUGCACAUAAUGACUGUAAGGAAAGACAUGUUCUCAGUGUGUUUCUCGAGCUCUUCUUGUUGAACUGUACAGAAAAUUCAAUGAUGGAGGAACCCUUACUUACCCCUGGGACCUUUUGAGAACUUACUCAGAUCUUGACAGAGUGAUUGUACAAAAACAACAGAAUCACACUAUUUUCAAUUUGAUACAGGUAUGAUAGAUAUUAGUACGUAAUGCUGUAUAUAAUGAACAUAACUUAUACUGAUCUCUUUAUAAUGAUUAUCAAUGGUUCCUAUUACAACUGCCAUGGAGAGAGAUAUUUGUUGUCUCAGUCCCAAAGUGGUAAAAAGGGUUAAAUGGUAUUAUGUUUGCACAAACAUCCUCACCACUGAAAACAGUGUUGCCUAUCUUUGAUUAUGGAAAAUAUCCUCACACUCAUUUUUUUAGCAGUGCGUUCUGAGCAAAGAACACAUUAUUUUCAUUGUAAAAGCCUUCAGAAGAAACACACUUAGAAGAUGGAUUUGUGAAUAGUCUGAAGACUCAUAAAAGUACUGCUUAAUGAUUGCAAACCCUAAUGUUAACCUCUCAUUCUGUUCCUAGGCUGGGAAACUAUUUUUUUUUUUUAAUUUACCCAGCAUCCCAAACCAUUUUCCACUAUGACAAUAUUUAACUUGUCAAUUUCUUUCAAAUCAGACACUGCACUCAAAUGAGAGGCCAACGUUAAAUGGGUUCAGUCACAUUGAACAGUACUACUGCAUAUGUCUUAAUCCUAUUGUAAAUGGUGCUAUUAUAUAUUUUGUUAAAAGUUGAGUGGAUUAUUAAAAUAUAUAUAAAUAUAUAUGAUAUAUUAACAGUUAGCAGAUUCCAAAUUGCUGGAGUUCAGGAUUACUUCUUUAAAAACCUACAUACCACAAGUUCCUAACCAUGUUGUCAUUCUAAGGUGUGCCUUUACAACUCCCCUAGACCUUGCCUGGUUCUUGUCCAAUUUCAGACUGAAAGCACAAGAACCCCAAACGUCAGCCUCCAUCUUCUUGGAAUGAUCUCAUAGUUAGUUAAAUGAUAAAUUCCUUCAUUUCCUUGUCCUUUAAAAAAUAUUAAAAGUUUACAUGCAGACUGAAGACUAAACAGAAAAAUUUCAUCAAACUACCUCAGAUUACGAUCUGCCAGCAUCUCAUAGCUCGGAUGAUUACAGAUACCUCUCUUCGCUCUCACAAUUUCAGGUUUUUGCACCCUCACUGAAGAACCUCAGUUUAAAAAUGCACCUUAAAUAUGAUGACAUCACAAUAGCACCAGAUAUACCUCUUUUCACGAAUGCACAACUAACAGUUGUCCAUUAAACCUCAGAAUCUAAUACAUGUUCAAUCCAGGUUUUUGUCAGUCUUUCCAUAAUCUACCUCUGUAUGUCUACAAUAAAUCUGAUCUUCAGGAAGCCUUAAUGUAUGCCAUAGCCCUUGUUUAACCAGUUACAGUAUUGUAUUUUCUUGAGGAAUUGUGUUCUAGACUUCCAGUGACCAUAUUUGGAAUGUGUUGUUGUUAAAUAAAUCAAUGUUGGUU